AUGAACAAACAGACUCAGUGUAUAGUGAAUUUGGCGGCUUUGGAUGCCAAAUGGCUUCCUCGCUGGAAGAAGCAGUGUGGGGGUCAAUUUCUCAAUCCCAGAAGGUUGACAAAGCCGGUGAAGGGUCAUAAGAAGGUGUAUUCUCUUACAAUGUUUCCUUAUCCCUCUGGUAUGCUACAUAUGGGCCAUCUAAGGGUUUAUACCAUCAGUGAUGUUUUAUCCAGAUACUAUAGAAUGAAGGGUCUUGAUGUCCUACAUCCUAUGGGGUGGGAUGCCUUUGGACUACCUGCCGAGAAUGCAGCUGUAGAUAGGGGAAUCGAUCCUGAAACCUGGACGAGAUUGAACAUCAAAAAAAUGAGGCAUCAGAUGGAAUUGAUGCGCACUGACUUUGACUGGGAUCGUGAAGUAACUACGUGCAAUCCCGAUUAUUAUAAAUGGACACAGAAGAUUUUUUUACUUCUUUAUGAGCAUGGGUUGGCCUAUAGAAAGAAGGCCGAGAUCAACUGGGAUCCGGUGGAUAAGACUGUGUUGGCCAACGAGCAGGUGGAUGAUCAAGGGCGAUCCUGGAGAUCUGGUGCUUUGGUGGAAAAGAGGUUGUUAGAGCAGUGGUUCUUGAGUAUUACUAAGUUUGCCAAAUCAUUGAACAAAGACUUGAGUUUACUUAAAGACUGGCCUUCUAAGGUGAAGACUAUGCAGCGUAACUGGAUCGGAGAGAGUCACGGUUCUGAGAUUUCGUUCCCACUAAUACCUGGUAGCAUAGUUUUGCCUGUUGACAAGGUCGAAGUGUUUACCACGAGAGCUGAGACUCUAUACAGUGUUCAGUAUCUGGCGUUAUCGUUUGAUCAUCCUAUAACUCAGGCCAUCAGUGCACGAGAUCCCAAGCUAGCUGAAUUUAUUGCCCGUUUAAACAACUUAGAGAAUGUUGAGAAGUCAAAGGAGGGCUACAAGCUCGACUCUGUCUUUGUGUCCAAUCCGCUUGACCCCCAGAUGCAGAUUCCAGUAUUUGUAGCACCUUACGUCAUUGGCGGUUACGGACAAGGAGCUGUUAUGGGAUGUCCUGCCCAUGACAAGAGGGACUUCGGAUUUUGGCAUUCCAAUAUGGGACCUGAAGUUUCCAUUAUACGUACCGUCGAUCCAAAGAAUGGGGUGAAAUGUGCUCUUGACAUGCCAUAUACCGAAAAAGAGGGUACUAUGAACGGUAAUUCUGGAGAUAAAUUACAGGGUAAAUCUACUAGUGAAGCACGUGAAAUUAUUGUUCAUGCAUUGGAGGAAACUGGUCUCGGCUCCCAUAAGAUCAAUUAUAGACUCAGAGACUGGCUUAUUUCUAGACAGAGAUAUUGGGGAGCACCCAUCCCGAUGAUUCAUUGUGAUCACUGUGGUGUGGUUGCUGUACCAGAUGAGCAAUUACCUGUCGUGUUGCCCAAAGUGGAUCAUUUGCUGGGUCGUGGAGGCUCUCCGUUGGCUCAGAUUCCUGAAUUUGUGAAUACUACUUGUCCAAAGUGUCACGGUCCCGCUAAGCGUGAUACAGAUACUAUGGAUACUUUCAUGGAUUCGUCAUGGUAUAUGUUUCGUUACAUUGAUCCGCAUAAUUCUGAGAACAUCUUCUCUAAGAAAUUGGUUACUCAAUAUAUGCCUGUAGAUCAGUAUAUUGGAGGCAUCGAGCAUGCUAUUUUGCACUUACUUUACAGCAGAUUCAUUUCCAAAUUUUUUUGUUCUAUUGGUCUUUUCGAUGAUACUGAAGGCAUGAAUGGUGAGCCGUUCAAGCAGUUGAUUACGCAGGGUAUGGUUCACGGACGAACAUUUGUUGAUCCAACUAAUGGUCACUUUCUUAAACCUGAUGAAUUUGAUGUUUGUGAAGAUGGUUCGGCUGUUAUCAAAGCUACUGGUGAAAAAGCUGCCAUAUCCUAUGAGAAGAUGUCAAAAUCUAAAUUCAAUGGUGCGGAUCCCGCUAAAUGUAUUGAAGCUCAUGGUGCUGAUGCAACUAGAGCUCAUAUAUUGUUUCAGGCACCGAUCAGUGAUGUUCUAAACUGGGAUGAAUCCAAGAUUAUUGGAGUUGAAAGAUGGUUACGUAAGGUAAUCGGCUUGGCAAGCGCUUUGUCUGGUCUUGUGACCCCUGAGUUGGUACAAAGGAGUAUUAAACCUAUCUCUUCUUACAAUGACGAGGAAAUUGCCUUCCACAACAAGCUUAUUUCUUAUUUUGCGUCUCUUAACGACUCAUUCGAACGUACACUGUCUUUAAACACUGUGAUUUCUGAUUACAUGAAGUACACCAAUGAGAUGAUGUUGCAGAUCGAUAAUAGGAGGAUUGACAUAUCUAUCAAGUAUAAAUUUUUUAUGAAACUCUUGAAGAUCAUGAGUCCAGUUACUCCAACUACUGUCGAAGAAGCAAAUGAGGUUUUACAUAACCCCAACUUUGGAUCAGUCGAUUCAAUUUUGAAUUCGGACUGGCCAGAGCUGGAAAAUGCUAUCCAAGAAGAUAUCUCAUACAAUGUUAUGAUUAACGGAAAGAUGAGAUUUGUUCAUAAAGCUAGCAAGAACCUGAUCAAUGACAAGGAACAAUGUAUUAAGGAAAUCAUGAGUUCUGGUGGAGGUCAGAAGUGGUUACAGGGAAAGCAUAUUAAAAAAGUACUUUUGAAGAAGGGUACUCUCGUGUUCAUAGUUAAAUAG